CGUGUGUUUCUUUUGCCAAAAAAAAAAAAGAAAAAUAAACAUGUAAGCAUGCCCUUGACCUCUUGUCAACAUGAAAGUCAAACAUGUCAACGGUUACAAACGCCGAUAGAUAAAGCAGCAUACGGGUCUAUCCGUCUGCAUAAUUACACUCUAGUUUUCCUUUCCUUCUCUGUAAAACUUCCAAGCAUAUCGAGUUCGACCAACUGCGAAACGAGAAAACACUUCACGAUAAAACAUUGUCGUAUUGUACCAUUUUCGAGCCCUAGAUUUUCGCUCUUUGCGUAUUAACUCCAAAUUCCUUGGUUCCAACAAUGAUAUCGUACUUUAUCUGUUUAACUCUUUUUCCUUUUGUUCAAGAUCUGAAGCCUUGUUUGAUCUCUUCAUUAUGUUUUUGAUGGUGGCAGAUCCGAUUCAUUUUGUUGCAAAACAGGGAAGGCAAGACUCGUUUAGCCAAAUAUUAUGUUCCUCUCGAGGAUUCUGAGAAGUACAAGAUCGAAUACGAGUUUCGAUGGUUAACAGAGACCCAAAAUUUACUAAUUUCGAUGAGUUCCGUACGCACAAGGUAAUCUACAGGCGGUAUGCUGGAUUGUUUUUCUCAUUGUGUGUUGACAUAACGGAUAAUGAGUUGGCAUAUUUGGAGUGCAUCCAUUUAUUUGUGGAGAUAUUGGACCAUUUUUUCAGCAGUGUUUGCGAGCUCGACUUGGUUUUUAAUAUAUACAAGGUUUAUCUGAUACUUGAUGAAUUCAUUCUUGCUGGAGAGCUUCAAGAAACAAGCAAAAAGGCUAUCAGAGAGAACGGGGGAGCUGGAGAAACUAGAGUAAAGAUGAUUCUGCAUGAAAGAGAGUUGUGUCAAAUUUUCUUAAUUGUUGCUUCAUUUUGGUGUUAUUUCAACUUGUUCACCAGUUUUGCAUGGAAAAGAUACAGCGUUAAAAACGGAGAACCGUCUAUUGUUUUCCAUUUGAUAUAUGGUUGAUGUAUAGAUAAGUAGGUUACUUGA